AUGUCCUUUGAUAGAGUAAUUCAAGACUCUGACGAUGAGGACGAUCCUUUGUCGGAGAUGCCGCCCCCAGUCAAGCGCGCCACGGAGCAACCAAAGAAUCAUAUUGAUAAUAUCACCACUUGCAAUGAGCAAUCUGGAAUUGCAACACCAGGCCGAGAAGCGCACGAUAUAGAUCAUGGAAAUCAGCUUGCUGUUGACUUCGAUGCAUUCAUACAGUCUCAGGAAACGGCGCCAAAUAGCUUCUCUGCCUCUCAGCAACGGAGGGAGGAGAGGUGGAUUCCCUCUGACGCUGGGGCGGGGUCAAUUGGUUCAGUAAUGACGUUAAUUGGACUUGCGCAGCAACGACUUUUCGACGACGAUGAUGCUCAACAUGCAGUUAUCCGCGAGCUCCAGACAGCUGCUUGCGGCAACCAGCCGGACAAUGGCCCAGCGACUGACGGGUCUCCAGUUCUUCUGAACAUGGCAGUGUUGAAUUACGAUGAUUACAAUCAACACGAGGAGGGUCCUGGUGCUGUGCAGCCUAAUGCAUUCGUUACUCCCACAUCGCAAGACAUGGCGCUCCUCAAUGGCAAAAACCACGGCCACGGUUACUCCAACAAUGACAUUACCGGAUUUUACGGCGAUCAUAUACGACAUGUCGGGCCGCAGAAUGGUUUGUCAACUCAUGACUUGGCACAAUCCUCAACGUCAUACAAUUUCUUUGAAUCAUCCCUGAAUCCACCAGCGCAAUUGAAUGACGAUCUUCAGAGCCACCUGAGAUCCAGCGACACAGUGCAGACGGAAGCCGUUCAUAAAACCCCUGGAAGGUCUCAUUCCAUGCAAGCCACCUCUUACUCUCCCCACGACACCGAGCCAAUCUCGUCACUAGUGACGCCGAAAGUCAGUAGAGCCCAAAGCGACAGCACUUGCCGAUAUGCUCCAUCACAGUCGCCAAGAAGCGCAUGCGAUGAGCUCGCAGCCCCUGUUGCAAUUGAGAUACCGGUGGUGAAAAAGAAGCGCGGACGCAAGAGAAAGCAAGACAUGCCAGAAGAUGACGAAGAUGAUGAGCUUGCUCUCUCAAAUGAUCAAGGCAUUUCUGAGAAUGGCGAACCAGUCAAGAGAAAGCCUGGUCGGCCCCCGAAGAUUGUAGGGACGUUGAACGAAACUGACGACGCCGGGCUGGCCAACAAUCAGCCACAAGACCAGAUUGUUCUUAAGUCGGAAGAGAUUCAGGAGCUUGGUGAUAACCGGCUACCUCCCAAUGCAAUUGCAUCAGACCCUAUAGCCAACAGGACAACACAUGUGCUAGAAAAAGACGACUUUCGAAUUGAAGUUGCCAAUAAAUCAGGAGUAAAUCGGACAGAAGUCUCGAACGACACGCCUAUCGAAAUAAAUCCCCCGCCGGCGAAGCCCUCAAAAAAGGCGAGAGAAUCCAAGAAGAAAAAAUUGAAGCGUGGAAAGACGACCUCAGUGAUAUUGAAGAAAACCUACGAAUCAGAUGUCGAAGACGACGUGAUCUGGAUUGAUGAAAGACCCUCAAACCAUUUCCUACAAGAUGAACAGACCGCUCAGAAACCCAGCAAUUACCCAACGUCUGUCGAUUUAAACAAUACAGAACCGUUUCAAAUCCAGAUACCAAGAUCUUUCUCACCCUCUAUGUCUGAAGUAACCGAACCCAAAACUUCGCUCGAGACAUGGAAAGACCAACCAAAACCUGCCCUUCUUCGCGGACGGAAGAGGAAGAAGACUUCUGAGCUACAAACCAGCGAAGAGUCUCCCUCCGAGAAUGCCAAUGAACUUACAGGCAGCCGAGAAGACAAUCAAGCACCACCACCGCAGCGAUCAGACAUUGGCGUGUCCGUCAUGCUUGAGCGGCCCUCGAACCAAGACAUCAAUGAGCAGAAGACUGAAACCUUGAAUGAUGCUUCUCCUUCAGGAAAAGAAGCAACACCACAUCUAGAGUCACUCUUGCCCUCCAAGCCCUCACCAGCCACAGAGGCAGACACACCCGAAACCCCAAAGAAACCCGAAUCAGCCUCUUACCAGCCAGACACGAGUACAUGUCCCAAGACAAAAGACACCGGAAAAGGCCCCGACAAGCACAGCCCGAUUGCAGGAACCAGCAAAGUGCCCUAUCGAGUCGGAUUAAGCCGCAAGGCGAGAAUCGCGCCUCUGCUGAAGAUCGUCCGACGAUAA